AUGGUUCAAAUAUCCGAAACCAAUUCUUUAGAAAAAACUGUGAAUUAUAAAAGUUCAAAAAUUCAACUUAUGAAAGAUGGACUGAUUUUCACCUUUGAAAAUUUUUGGCAAUGUGUAAAUGUUAAGACUGAUGACUAUGUACUCAAAGAUGUAGCUAAUAAAAUCAACGUUCAACGUAAGAAAUUUUUCAAUUUCGUGGAAGAUUCUAUUCAACAAAGCUACAAAAUACGCAGAUAUUUGUCGAAUUUUCAAUUAGUUAUUGAAUGCAGUGCCGAUGAUUCUUUAUCCAAGGAUGAAUAUGUUAAGGAAUUAGAGUCAUUAUUAGAUGAAAGUAAGCGGAAUCUGAAAUCUGCUGAAAUGUUGAAUAAACAAGCUGAAGAAAUUAUAGAUGAAUUAAUAAACAUCAACAGUGAACUUUAUAAAUAUAAAGAAGAUAUUCAAAGUAAUACAGAGAACAUCAAAUCAGAAAAUGGGGAUAAAUUUAAUAAAACCAAAUCUAAUAUGAAAUUUUCAACUUUUUUACGUAAUUGUGGUGUUGCCGUUUUUAUUGGUGCGGGAGCUUUGGCUCUUGCUCCAUAUACUGGUGGUGCUAGUGUUGUAAUAGGAUCAGAGCUUGCGGAAGGUUUGUUUGUAGGUUCCACUAUCCUUGGAACAGAAGCAGCCAUAUUUGCCGUAGCAGGUGAAGUAUCCCGACAAGAAUGUUCAUCAAAAAUCGAUAAAUUAAGAGAACAGUUAGAAAAAGAGAAAGUUGAAUUAUCCACCAAUAUCGAUAAAUUGAUAGAAGGUCUCAAAUUAAUAGUCGACACGGCUGCAAUGCUCAUGGUGUAUUGGAAGACUCAAUCAGAUGAUUAUCUUGUCUAUCUUUUAAAUAAAGCGAAUGAGGCAAAAGAGCAACAAACUAUCGAGAGCAAUGGGAAUAUUGAUGGCAAUGGCCAGGUCGGCGAUUCAAGUUCUACUGGGAGCAAUGUAAAAACUCCUGAAAAUAAGCCAUUAUUUAGAAAUAAACCUGUUGUCAGAGGAAUUAACAAAUGUUUAAAAGAAAUGGAGGUAGAUGAACUCUAUACCAAAGAAUUCUCUAUGGAAAUCGGAGUUCAAAUGGUGAAAUAUGAGAUGAUGUUCAACCGUAUUGGUAUGUAA